GCUGGGCGAUGAUGCCGUUGUGAGGAGGGAGCCCUGUGGGCCCAGACCUCGGGGGCUCGACGGAGGAAGGCGGCCCGCGAAAGCAUCUUCCCGUUUUCAAGGCUGCUCGGGACCAAAUCCCCGCGCUGGAUGGUGGCUGCCGGCAGCCCCAGAGGCGGCUGGGGUGGAGAAAGUGGUAUCUGUGGCAACAGGAUUUGCUGGCAAGCCGAGGGAGGGUUGGGAUUCUGGCCCGCCGCUUCCCUUUUGCUUUGCUAAGUGGAGCGCUAGUUGCUGACCAGGGGGCCUCGUCGGCUAAAACUUAAGGUUUUUAGAGGGUGUUGCGCAGCAUGCAGAAGAGGAAGAGCGAGCGUGUUCUGGAUUACUUGACGUGCCCUUGUAUCUGGAUUUAGGGGCUGAACUGCCCGUGGUGUCAACCGCUGGUGGAGCCAGUUGCCCCGUAAGUGUUUCCACACGGUCCCCUAUGGGAGCGUUUACACGCCCAGAUACUAAAUAGCAGCGAGAUGGAAGUUUCGGGGUUCCCCUCUGUGUACAGAAAUUCUGAAAACUCUGAACUGAAGAAGCUUGAAAGUGGCACUUGCUCCUUGAGACUUAUGUAGUGUCAUAGACAUACCAGGGGACUUCGGAGAAUACGGAAGUGUGACACAGUCUCCUCUCCAGUUUUACCAUUUAUGUUGGAACUACUAUCAAGGGAUUAUGUUUUGCAGCAAACUGAUACCUUCAGGAAGAACCGCGUUGAAUGUCCCUUUGGUUUUAUGCAAAAGAAGUUGGAAUUUAUGCUGAAACAAACCUGGAUUAACCAUGAGGCCAAAGACUUUUCCUGCUACCACUUACUCUGGGAACAGCAGACAGAGAUUGCAGGAGAUCCGGGAAGGUUUGAAGCAACCUACCAAAUCUUACAGCCAGGGAUUGCCCGUUGGACCAGGAGGCGAAACUUCUCUGGACCCUAAAAUUGCAGUAGGGAAAGAUGCAGCCAGGCAGCAGCAAAUGAGACCAGUUGCCAAGUUUGGGCCUUACCAGAAAGCACUGCGAGAAAUCAGAUAUUCUUUGCUGCCCUUUGCUAAUGAGUUGGGCACCACUUCUGCAACGGUUGAAGUUAAUAGGCAGAUGCUCCAGGAACUGGUGAAUGCAGGGUGUGAUCAGGAGAUGGCUGUGAGAGCCCUGAAACAAACUGGCAGUAGAAGCAUUGAAGCAGCUUUGGAAUACAUUAGCAAGAUGGGAUACUUGGAUCCCAGAAAUGAACAAAUAGUCCGGGUAAUUAAACAGACAUCUUCGGGAAAGGGUAUUAUGCCAAACAACAUAAGCCGCAGGCCAAGUUUUGAAGGGUCCAGCGAAUCUUUCCCACCCUACCACCAGGUUAGCAACCCGGGCUAUGAAGGUGCAGGCUUUGGGGCAGAAGCUGCUAACAUGCUGGGUGACGUUCCCAGGCCAUACAUGGACUACUUGCUCUCUGCUUCUCAGUCUGCAACCAUGAACUCUCCAGUACAAAGGCCUGCCAGCUUAGGCUCCCACAACACGCCUGUCAGUCACCAGCAGAAAGCCUACCCUGCAAACAUGGAUGCCCCAGUGAUCAACUACCCAGUGGCUGGCCACAGCAGCCAAGCCUUGCAGCUUGGCUCAAACAGCCCUCAUUACGGCAGGCAGCCCAUGAUGGUGCAAGGGGAGGCUCAGGCUCUCGGCUAUGGGAUUCAGAGGAGCCAUUCUUUCCAGAACAAGUUGCAGCAGGAGGGAGGGUAUCCAAGCCUUCCGAACAAAGGAACGGUUGUUCAGAAUAACUCCGGCCACGGGUUCCAGCAAGCACCAGGCAGUCUGUAUAUGCCGCACUCCCAUCACAAGCAACCCAUCCCCUCCUCUCAUCCGAUGCACGUGAUCUCCAGAGGAGGCCCAGCGUACACGAACGAAUUUUCAGACAGCCCACCGCAGGGCCUGCUGACGCCAUCCAGAAACAGUCUGAACAUGGACCUGUAUGAUAUGAACAACCCUCAAGUUCAGCAGUGGCAGACGACCUCUUCGUCGUCGUCCUCGUCGUCGUCCCGCCGCGACUCGUUGCAGAACCCAUCCCUGGAAGCAUCGGUCCGGCAGCAUGUGCCCUUCAGGCCUGAGGGCUGCGUCCCAAGCAGAACCAAUUCUUUCAACAGCCACCAGCAACAGAUGCCGAUAUCCAUGAGGCAGACUUCUCCAGGCAAAGCUGAGGCGUCCAUUACUUCUCCAAACACCAUCACGGCCGUCACAUCUGCUCAUAUUCUACAGCCAGUGAAGAGCACAAGGGUGAUGAGGCCUGAGCCUCAGACUGCAGUAGGCCCCGCUCAUCCUGGCUGGCUGGCUGCGCAAUCUUCGGCUGUGGAUGGCUUAGGAAUGGCCGAACAGCACCCCCUUCCUGUUGGAGGAGCUAAUGCCUACCAGCUAGAUGUGGACUAUAGCAAUCAGGAGCUGAGGUGCCCUCCGCCUCCUUAUCCGAAGCAUUUGCUGCUGCCCAGUAGUUCCGAGCAGUUUGAUAUGAACUGCUUACGUACAGGGAUCGAGCAGACCCUUCGGGGAGUCCCCAGCUCAUCAGGAAAUAAAGCUGAGGAAAAUGGGGAAAGGAACGACAAAAUCAAGUCGGCCAAAGCGGAAAAGCCAGGCAAGGAUAAGAAACAGAUCCAGACGUCCCCAGUGCCGGUGCGGAAGAACGGCAGAGACGAAGAGAAAAGAGAGUCACGUAUUAAAAGCUACUCGCCGUUUGCCUUUAAAUUCUACAUGGAGCAGCAUGUGGAGAACGUCAUAAAGACCUACCAGCAGAAAAUUAAUCGCCGGCUGCAGCUGGAGCAAGAAAUGGCCAAGGCUGGCCUUUGUGAAACAGAACAAGAGCAGAUGAGGAAAAUUCUCUACCAAAAGGAGUCCAACUACAACAGGCUCAAGAGAGCCAAAAUGGACAAAUCCAUGUUUGUAAAAAUCAAGACUCUGGGUAUCGGUGCUUUUGGGGAAGUCUGCCUUGCCUGCAAAGUGGACACCCACGCCCUGUACGCCAUGAAAACCCUGAGGAAGAAAGACGUGCUGAACCGUAACCAAGUUGCCCAUGUCAAGGCCGAAAGGGAUAUCCUUGCAGAGGCAGACAAUGAAUGGGUGGUUAAGCUCUACUACUCCUUCCAGGACAAGGAGAACCUGUAUUUUGUGAUGGACUACAUCCCCGGCGGAGACAUGAUGAGCCUGCUCAUCCGGAUGGAAGUCUUUCCAGAAAAGCUAGCUCGGUUUUACAUUGCUGAACUCACACUGGCCAUAGAGAGCGUGCACAAAAUGGGGUUUAUCCAUAGAGACAUCAAGCCUGAUAACAUUCUGAUUGAUCUCGAUGGACACAUCAAACUGACCGACUUUGGCCUCUGCACUGGAUUCAGGUGGACGCACAACUCAAAAUAUUACCAGAAAGGGAGCCACAUCAGGCAGGACAGCAUGGAGCCAAGCGACCUUUGGGAUGAUGUGUCUAACUGUAGAUGUGGAGACAGGUUGAAGACCUUGGAGCAGAGAGCUAAAAAGCAACAUCAGAGAUGUUUAGCCCAUUCAUUAGUUGGAACACCCAAUUAUAUUGCACCUGAAGUUCUCCUUCGUAAAGGAUACACUCAGCUAUGUGACUGGUGGAGUGUUGGUGUGAUUCUCUUUGAGAUGUUGGUUGGGCAGCCUCCGUUUCUGGCUGCCUCUCCCACAGAAACCCAGCUGAAGGUGAUAAAUUGGGAGAACACACUGCACAUCCCCUCCCAGAUCAAGCUGAGCCCCGAAGCAAGUGACCUUAUCACAAAACUGUGCUGUGCUGCCGAAGAGAGGCUCGGGAGAAAUGGAGCAGACGACCUCAAGGUUCACCCUUUCUUUGACUCCAUGGACUUCUCCACCGAUAUCCGCAGGCAGGCAGCUCCCUACGUCCCAAAGAUCAGCCAUCCAAUGGACACCUCAAAUUUUGAUCCCGUUGAGGAAGAAGGCCCUUGGGAUGACGCUAGUGAGGACAGCACCAGGGCAUGGGACCCGCAGACUUCCUCCAGCGGCAAACACACGGAACAUGCCUUCUAUGAGUUCACUUUCCGAAGGUUCUUUGACGACAAUGGAUACCCAUUCAGAUACCCAAAGCCUUCUGGAAAAGAAGUGAGCCAGUCAGAGAAUUCUGAUACAGAAAGCAAAGAUGGGUUGGAUCAGGCAGGAGCCUGUCAACCUGUAUAUGUGUAAAUUAUUGUACAGAGUUCUACAAAAUUAACCCCUUUAUCCAUAACUUCCAUCUGAGCCUGCAGAUAGAAGGACUUGCAGACCAGGUCCUAAAUGCAAGCUGGUUUUGAGUUUAGGCUGUUUAGGACUGUAAAUAGCUAUGUUAAUGAGUGCACUUGAAAUCCAGAUUUUCAGCAUCGAUUUCCAAGGACAGGCGUGUUCUUAAGCCAAGUUUUCCUUCUGGGUCAGCGUUGCCCACUCUGAGCAUUUACAAGCUUCCACAGUGUUGUGCUGUUUUAUUUUAUUUUCAAGUGAGCAGAGAGCACUUAUUUUUGUUUAUAGCAGGGUUCUGUUUAUCCUACUAAAUUAUAGGGAUUAAUUCAGACAAAUCAUGCUGCUGUUCUUCUUUUCUACAUUCUUUUUUAAUGUCCAUCGCACUUAUGUCACAUUUUUAGGAAAAUAAGUAAGACUGAAGAACGUGUGAUUAAAGGUCUCUGUGCAAUAAUGUUUUAAUAAGAGAAGAAAAAGUCUGCUGUCCUACAUUUACCAGUGCCAUUUUUAUUGACCCCAUAAUAAUCUAUAUGUACUUUCAGUAUCCUGACAUCAUUUUUGAAGCUGCUUUAUUUCCCUUUUUUUGAUUUUUUUAAAUUUUAAUUUAGUGUAAUCAAAGUGUGAGCAAGUGGCAAUCGAAGAGUGGUUUCAGUGACUGGAUUUGUGUAGAAUGUUGCAUGGAGCUGUGAUUAUGUUGUUUCUUCUGUUUUGAAAUGACCUAUUUCUUGCCAUUCACAGGCAGGUCCUGUGUGUGUACUUGUACUGAGGAUCUCAGCGACCCUCGGGACUUGUGUGCUGAUAAUGUAUUGUGUGGAUGGUUUUGACUCCUUAUUAUGACUGUGUGUUCUGUAAAAACAAAUUACAAAGCUCUAAUUCAGGUUAGGGGUUGGUGGUGUGUACAGGGGAAGAGAGAGAGAGGUUAGUAGCAGUUGAUUAUCUUGUUUCUUAAAAUUUCUCCCAAAGAUGGGUAACUAGCAAAACAGUUGCUUUGGAAAUAAAUUUGUGGCCAAAAUCUAACUGUUUUAUGGCCCACUCACCUACCACAUGGUAUGCAGUGUUCAGUUGUUUGAAACUUGCCAUAUAGUAUUCAUUUAUCUUAUCAUUUAGUGUCUAUAUGGGGGGAAAUAUAUAGAGGAGAAUUCUUUGUGCCUUAAAUUUGAUUUGUGGGCCUUACUUCCUUAUCCUUAAAACUGAUAAGGACUCUUCAGAGCAGUAAUGUUAAAGGUAAUUCAGUGACAAUGCCUUUCUUUCUGGGAUAUGUUGAAUCUAUGGAGCUGCCUUUAUACCAAGUUGUUUCCUCAACACCCUAGCCAGUAUUGUCUCCUCUGGCAGACAGUCUCUCAGGCAGAAUUCUUCCAAGCCCAGUUAACCUGAGACCAUUUUACUGGGAGGCGCUGGGGAUUUAACGUGGAACUAUAUACAUGCAAAACAUAAAUUUUGCCAUUGAGAUAUAGACCCUCUCCAGGUGCAUCUUUUCUUUGUUGCGGCUAUAUCUUAUGGUGGAAAACCAAUCGCAGUAUAUAUAGCAAUCCCCGAAACCAUAGAUACACAUUGGCCUCUCUAGCUGCUUCUCUGUGAUCACUUGGAGGACCAGAAAUGGCUUACAUGAUGAAAGCGUGCAGUGCUUUAUCAAGAUCGCAUUGAGGCAACAAUGGCUGGCACUUCCAGAGCUGCCAGGAAUUGUGAACUCUUCUUUCCUAUUUAAAUAGACCUAUUCUAACCAUGUAUACACAGAAAUGAAUAUAUUUGGGGUAGCAGCCUUAGUUGUCUUAAGUGACGUUCCCAAAUGCUGGCCCCGAUUAUACCUGGUCUGUUAUAUUGUUAUAUAUCUAUGAUGGACUAUACUAACCCUGCAUCUCUAUCAAAAUGCAAGCGUACGUUAAAAUAUUUUCUAAAAAUUGUUUAAAAUAAUGCAUUUUAUUAGUUAUGUUAACGUAAGGAUUAUUCAAAAUGAUAAUGGAAUACUAAAAAUAAGUAAGCCAUAAAUAUCUUCAUUUAUAUUAUAUAUAUAUACCUAAAUCAGAUUAGUUUAACAGUCCUAUUUUAAAAUAAUUCAUUGCAAUAACAUUUGAGGGCAAUAUUCCACUGUGUUCUUGCUUUUUAUGUUAAGCUUUUGAAUCUGAAGCUGCGUUUUCCCCCACUCCCAUGUUAUUCCAAAUAUUCUUCCUUAACAUUUUAGCCUAUCAUAUCCUACCCAUUGUCUAGAUAUCUAAAGCAACAGCACCUGUAAAUCCAUCAGGCUAAACUAAACAAAAUGAUUGUGUAUUUGUUUACAUUUGUAUGAAAGGAGUGUUCUGAGGUAUGCAGUGCUUGUGUUGUGGCAGUUUAUGAAAGAUUUCAGUAUUACUACUUUUUAUAUAAUAAUGCCAUGUUUUUUAUAUAUAUUUACAACUAUCUGACAUUCUUUCAUGUGGUAGGUUCUUCCUCAGGAACUCAGUUUAACUGUUAUUUAUUUAUCAUUUGCCUUUCGAAAGCUUCCGCUGGCACAAUUUAUUAUUAUUAAAAAAAAAAAACCGAAUCAAAAUCACA